AUGGAAAUAAGUUUCAAGUCAAAAAGAGCUCUGGUCACUGGGGCAGAAAGAGGUAUUGGGAAAGAAAUUGCAAAGCAGCUUGUGAAGUGUGGCGCUGAAGUUGUUGCACUUUCACUCAACAAGGAACCAUUAGAACAAUUGGCCCGUGAAGUGAAUGUUACUACAAUUGCUGUAGACCUAAGUGAUUGGGAUAAAACAAGAGAAGCUGUGAAAUCAGCUGGACCUAUAGAUCUCUUGGUCAAUAAUGCAGGAGUAGUGAGCCUCAAUCCUUUUCUAGACAUUAAACCAGAAGAAUUUGACAGUACAUUUGCAGUCAAUGUGAAGCCCAUAAUUAAUGUCAGCCAGGUUGUUGUUGAAGGUAUGGUAAAGAGAAAGACUGGAGGGAGCAUUGUAAACAUCUCUUCACAAGCUUCACAGGCCGCUCUUCUAAAUCAUACAGUUUACUGUGCCUCAAAAGCAGCAGUUGAUCAGAUCACGAAAGUAAUGGCUGUGGAAUUAGGACCACAUAACAUUCGAGUGAAUACUGUAAAUCCCACAGUAGUUUUAACAGAAAUGGGUAGAUUUGCCUGGAGAGAUCCAGAAAAGGCAUCAAAGAUGCUGUCCGAGAUACCACUUGGCAAGUUUGCAGAGGUUGAAGAUAUUGUCAAUGCUGUUCUGUUUCUGUUAAGUGACAAAGCAGCGAUGGUAAAUGGAAUCACUUUGCCUGUGGAUGGAGGUUUCCUUGCCCGCUAA